AUGGCCGAAGACACCAGACAGGACAAGAAACUCAACUUCUCGGCUUUAACGGACACCAACGGGAUGACCAGGACAUCUUCCCUGUCUUCAGGAAAAUCUGGCACUUCCAAGAAAAUAGUCAUAAAAAAUUUCAAAGAUCGGCCAAAAUUAGCAGAGAACUACACCGAGGACACUUGGUUAAAACUGCGGGAUGCAGUCAAUGCCAUCCAGAAUAGCACAUCUAUUAAGUACAACCUCGAAGAGCUCUAUCAGGCUGUGGAGAACAUGUGUUCAUAUAAAGUCUCCCCAACGUUGUACAAGCAGCUACGGCAGGUCUGUGAGGAGCACGUGAAGGCCCAGAUCCACCAGUUCAGGGGAGAUUCGUUGGACAACCUGUCUUUCCUGAAAAGGAUUAAUCGCUGCUGGCUGGAUCAUUGCAGGCAAACUAUAAUGAUAAGAAGCAUCUUUCUUUUCCUGGAUCGUACCUAUGUUCUGCAAAGUUCCUUGCUUCCAUCCAUAUGGGAUACUGGGCUGGAAUUAUUUCGUACCCACAUUGUCAGCGAUAGUGUUGUCCAGAAGCGCACAGUAGAUGGCAUUUUGGAGCAGAUCGAACUUGAGCGGAAUGGCGAGACAGCUGACCGCAGUUUGUUGAGAAGUCUGCUGGGAAUGCUUUCAGAUCUCCAGGUUUAUAAAGUGUCUUUUGAAGAGCGGUUUUUGUUUGAAACAAAUCGCUUAUAUGCUGCAGAGGGACAGCGUUUGAUGCAAGACAGAGAUGUGCCUGAAUACUUGCACCAUGUGGCUCGUCGAUUGGAGGAGGAGAAUGAUCGUGUCGUGAGCUACCUGGACCAGAGCACCCAGAAACCCCUUAUUAGCUGUGUUGAGAAACAACUUUUGGGAGAGCACAUGAGUGCAAUACUGCAAAAGGGUCUGAGCAUUCUGUUGGACAGGAAUCGCGUAACAGAGUUGGCACUCCUUUACCAACUCUUCAGUAAGGUAAAGGGAGGACUGCCCACAUUACUGCAGUUUUGGAGAGACUACAUCAAGUCCUUUGGUGGUGAGAUUGUAUGUGCACCAGAGAAGGACAAGGACAUGGUACAAGAGCUUCUGGACUUUAAGGACAAGAUGGACAAUGUGGCUCAGAGCUGCUUUGCAAAGAAUGAGGGAUUCAUCAAUGCCAUGAAGGAGGCCUUUGAGACUUUUAUAAACAAAAGACCCAACAAACCUGCAGAACUCAUCGCUAAAUAUGUAGAUUCUAAGUUAAGAGCCGGUAACAAAGAGGCCACAGAGGAAGAACUAGAAAGAAUACUGGACAAGAUAAUGAUAAUUUUCCGAUUCAUCCAUGGAAAGGAUGUCUUUGAGGCAUUUUAUAAGAAGGACUUGGCCAAGCGUCUUCUGGUUGGCAAGAGUGCUUCUGUAGAUGCUGAGAAGUCAAUGCUCUCCAAACUGAAACAUGAAUGUGGAGCAGCAUUUACAAGUAAGCUCGAAGGGAUGUUUAAGGACAUGGAGCUUUCCAAAGACAUUAUGAUCCAGUUUAAACAGUACAUGCAAAAUCAGAGUGAGCCAAGCAACAUUGAACUAACAGUCAACAUCUUGACCAUGGGUUACUGGCCUUCAUACUUGCCCAUGGAGGUUCACUUAACCCCAGAAAUGGUUAAACUCCAGGAAGUGUUUAAGUUUUUCUACCUGGGAAAGCACAGUGGGAGGAAACUGCAGUGGCAGCCCACACUCGGUCAUGCUGUGCUUAAGGCAGAAUUUAAAGAGGGAAGGAAAGAGCUACAGGUUUCCCUCUUCCAGACAUUAGUGCUGCUGAUGUUUAAUGAAGGAGAGGAAUUCAAUAUGGAGGAGAUUGGUACUGCCACUGGUAUAGAGGAAGGCGAGCUUAAACGUACAUUGCAGUCCCUGGCCUGCGGAAAAGCCCGUGUCCUCAACAAGAUUCCACGAGGGAAAGAUGUAGAAAAUGGAGACCGUUUCAAUUUCAACAAUGAUUUUAAACACAAACUUUUCCGCAUCAAGAUCAACCAGAUCCAAAUGAAAGAAACUGUGGAGGAACAGGUCAGCACCACAGAGCGAGUAUUUCAAGAUCGGCAAUAUCAGAUUGAUGCUGCUGUUGUGCGUAUCAUGAAGAUGAGGAAGACCCUCAGUCACAACCUGCUUGUGUCUGAACUAUACAACCAGUUGAAGUUUCCUGUCAAGGUGACUCAUCUAAAACUUCUCUCAAAGCGCAUUGAAUCCCUCAUAGACCGAGACUACAUGGAGCGUGACAAGGAGACUCCUAACCAGUACCACUAUGUUGCCUAA